AUGUCUAAAGAAUGCAGCAAAGAAUUUUGGAUUAUCUCAACCCUUGCUCAUCAUCACAGAAUUUACACUGGACAGAAGCCUGAUAAAUAUGGAGGAUGUGCUAAAGUUUUUAGCCAGUCCUCAAAUUUUAAUGAAUAUCAGCAAAUUUGUAUAGGAGAGAAAUUUUUCAAAUGCAGUGAAGGUGGCAGUGUCUUUACCAAGUUGCAUAAUAUUGCUCAUCAUGACAGAUUUCAUACUGGUGAAAAGCCUUAUAUGUGUCAAGAAUGUGGGAAAGCCUUUAGGUGGUCCUCACAACUUAAACAACAUCAGCCAAUUCAUACUGGAGAGAAGCCAUACAAAUGUACACAAUGUGGCAAAACAUUUACACAGUCUUCAAACCUUUCUUCCCACCAGAGAGUUCAUACUGGAAAGAGGCCUUAUGACUGUACCCAAUGUGGCAAAUCCUUUAACCAUACCUCAACUCUUACUCAAAAUCAGAAAAGUCAUAGUGAAGAAAAGCCUUAUGAAUGUACUCAAUGUGGCAAAACCUUUAGCCGGACUGCACACCUGACUCGACAUAAAAAACAAAAUCAUACUAGAGAGAAGCCUUAUGAAUGUACUGAAUGUGGCAAAGACUUUAGCUAG